UUCAACAUGAUUUUAAAGGGACCUUAGCGGCCUGACUGUUUCUCCAACAUAAAACCCGUGAACCCUGUGUAAACCGAGAGGAUAUGCGCCGGGAUAAACGCAGUUACAUUGUCCGGACACCGCGAGAGGAGAGGAACAUGUAACCGGGAGAACUGCGCCGGCGGCAGCAGCACCUGACACUUCUCUCUCUCGCUCCUUGUUUCCUCAGAAUUUGAGUCUUCUCCAUGUGUUGACUGAACGCUCCUCAUUGUUUUUGGAUAUUAUCUUCAUCAAAAUGAGCGAGGAAGUGUCAGAGGUCCCCAAAGAGCUGCUGGAGAGUGUGAGGGAUGCAGUGGGGAGGAAGGUGAAGCUGUCACUGAGGAGGAGAGUCAAACUGGAGAUCAAAGGAGACAAGACGGAGAACAGAGUCUUGGCCCUUGCAUCCCACCGAGCCUACCUCUUGACAGCACGCAUUCCAGCAAAGGUGGAACACUGCUUCAAUUAUCUGGAGAUCCAAGGGAUUGCUUGUAACAAGCCUACACAGCUCUUCAUAGAGUACGAGCGUGGCUCCUUCUCUCUGAAGCUGCUCUCUACAGAGGAGGUCAAUGAGGUGGUCGCUCACAUAGGAAACUGUCUGCUGAGGAUAUGUCCCGGCCUUCCACCUAGUAAAGUUAUGAAGAAGCUCUGCAUGGAGCCUCCAGACAGGCUGACCUCUCUGCAGAGUCUGUGGGAGCUCAACAAGCCUGCCGAGCCUGGACCCUGUGGUGGGUUUUCUCAGAUGUACAGAUGCGUAUGUGACUGGUUGGGACUGCCGUACAAAGAAGAGGUGCAAUGGGAUGUGGACACCAUUUAUUUGACACAAGACACCAGAGAACUCAACCUGCAGGACUUCAGCCAUCUGGAGAACCGGGAUCUGGUUGCUAUAAUAGCAGUCCUGGAGUUUAACCAGUGGUUUACUAAACUCUCCACCAAGGAUUACAAACUGUCUGCGGAUGUGUGUGAGCAGAUUCUUCGGGUAGUGUCUCGUUCCAGUCGGCUGGAAGAGUUGGUUCUGGACAAUGCAGGACUCAAAACUGAUUUUGCCCAGAAGCUAGCUGCUGCCCUGGCUCACAACCCCAGCUCAGGACUCACCACCAUUAAUCUUGCCAACAACCCACUGGAGGACAGAGGUAUCUCCUCCCUGGGUGCUCAGUUUGCCAAACUUCGUAUGGGGCUCAAGCAUUUAAACUUCUCCAAAACCUCACUAUCACCCAAAGGGGUGAACAGCCUUUGUCAGUCACUGAGUGCCAACCAGUCCAUCCCCAGCAGCCUGGUCCAUCUGGACCUCUCAGGAAAUGUCCUACGAGGAGACGACAUGCAGCAUUUCUACCACUUCCUUGGCCAACCCAACAGCCUGGCAACACUUGACCUCUCCAACACUGACUGCUUAUUGGACCAGGUUUGCUCUGCCCUGCUGCGAGGCUCGGUCCAACACCUCUCUGUUCUUAAUGUGUCAAAGAGCGUCUUCCCUCACAGGAAAGGCAAAGAGGUGCCACCGUCAUUUAAGCACUUCUUCAGCAGCGCUAUGUGUCUGAACUCCAUCAACGUGUCAGGAACCAAGCUGCCGCCAGAAGCCCUCAAGGCUCUCCUACUCGGCCUGGCCAGUAAUCUGAACCUUAAAGAAGUGACUCUAGACCUCAGCUGCUGUGAGUUACGGUCGGGAGGUUCUCAGAUCCUUGAAGGUUGCAUUGCAGAGAUCCCAAACAUCUCUAGUCUAGACAUCUCUGACAAUGGCCUGGACUCAGACUUGGCCACUCUGCUGGUGUGGCUGGCCAAAAACAGAUCCAUCAGACAUCUGUCUCUAGGGAAGAACUUUACCAACAUCAAGUCCAAAAACCUUGGUCCAGUGUUGGACAGCCUGGUCCACAUGAUUCAGGAAGAGGAGUCGCCCCUCACCUCUCUGUCUCUAGCGGAUUCAAGGCUGAAGAGUGAUCUGACCAUCGUUCUGAAUGCCAUCGGCAGCAACUCCUCGCUCACCAGGUUAGACAUCAGCGGGAAUGCCAUGGGGGACAUGGGAGCCAAGAUGUUGGCGAAGGCGCUACAGAUCAAUUCCAAACUCAGGACUGUGAUUUGGGAUAGGAACAACACCAGUCCUCAGGGUCUUCAGGAUGUAGCAGCCGCUCUGGAGAAGAACUUCACAAUUCGAUUCAUGCCCAUACCUAUCAUCGAUGCCUCGCAGGCUCUGAAGGCCGGCCCUGAGAAAACAGAGGAUGCCUUGCUAAAGAUUGAGAAUUAUCUGUACAGGAACCAUGAAACCAGAAAGUACCUGCAGGAACAGGCCUAUCGACUGCAGCAGGGCAUCGUGACCACGACCACACAACAGAUGAUUGACAGAAUCUGUGUGAAGGUGCAGGACCACCUGAACUCUCUCAGAAAUUGGGAGACAGAUGUCAUAUUGGAGGACGUUAGGACAGCCGAGAACCUCAUCAAAGAUGCCAGGAACUCUAAAACUUUGCUCCCUAACCUGUACCACCUUGGAUCAGCUGCUGGAGAGGAGGUAAACAGCUCGUCAGCCGGACCCAUCCAGGAGAAACUGGAGUCUCUGGCUGGGGAGGUGACCAAUGUCAUGGACCAACAACUACAGACUCUGUUGGAGUCGAUGGUGGAUGCAGCAGAGUCUCUGUGUCCCCAUGUGAUGAAGAGGAGUACUCUUCGUCCAGAGCUAAUGAAGGCCAGCUCAGCCAAGAUGGUCGUACCCAAAAGCUUUGUCACCAAAACCCUCCUGGAGCAGUCUGGGGUGGAUAUCAUCAACAAGAUCAGUGAGGUGAAGCUGAGUCUAGCGUCCUUCCUGUCUGAUCGCAUUGUUGAUGAGAUUUUGGAGGCUCUUUCCACUUCCCAACACACUCUGGCCGACCACCUGGUGCGGCGAGGUCGCCCUUUGAUGCAGCAGGAGUCGGUUGAUCUUGACGUCCCAGAGGAGAAAAUUCCUAAACGGGCAUCGACCGAGAUUCUAGAGGGCGAGAGGCUGGAGGAUCUGGAGACAUGCAUGAUUUUGUGCUGCACCACUAUGACUCCUAAAACCAAGAGGAAGAGCAUCCACAGCAGAAUGCUUCGGCCAGUAUCUCGUGCCUUUGAGAUGGAGUUUGACCUGGACAAAGCCCUGGAGGACAUCCCUGUCCAUAGGGAGGAGACUUCUCAAACUCCAUCAACUCCAUCUCAGAUGUUGCCCAAACUGGAGCACCGACCGUCAGGAGGUAUGGUGGAGCUGCCGUCUGAGGAGGAAAAAAAGCUGCAGCACUUCACCAAACUACGACCCCGCCGGAACAAGAAAAAGCAUUCCAGCAAAAUACCUCAAAUCAACAGUGCUCCCUCUCAGGAAGGGGAGCAGAAUGGCCUCAUGGGAAGAGUGGACGAGGGUGUGGACGAGUUUUUCUCUACGAAAGUCACCAGGAUGGAUUCCAAACGUUCCAAGGGUUCAGAAUCUCAGGAUGGAGAGAAGAAGAAGAAAGGUGGAUUCCUCAACCUUAUCAAACGUUCCUCUAAAUCUGACAAAGCAGAUAAAUCUGAUAAAUCUGACAAAUCCGACAAGUCUGAUAAGUCUGAGAAAAACCAGGCCACCCCUCCAGGCUCGGGGACAUCCUCAGCACCAGCCACUAUCCCUGAGGAGCCGUCCUCACCGAAAGUGGCAUUGAAGAGCCCAGCACUUGAGCCGAGAUCUAGAGACGCCUCCAGCCGCUCGCAGCCCACAGACUACAGCAGCAGCUCUGACCGCUCAGAGGAGCUGAGGACGCCAGACUCCAUGGACGAGCCCUGGGAGUGUAUAGACGGCAGGGGCAGUCCUCAAGGGGGCCGGCGGUAUCCGGCGCUGCAGAUGAUGGGCAGCGGCCUCCUGGCAGAGAUGAAGGCCAAGCAGGAAAGGAGAGCGCACAAGUCUUCCAGCCCUGACAGGCCUGACAGCAAUGCAACAGCCAAGCCCCAGCCAACCAAUUCAGAAAGCAGGUCUUCCAGUGGCUCUAAUAAUAAACCUGAGGCUCCAACUGGUUCUCCAGAGAAGACCUCUCCCCGUGGAGAGAACAAGCCAGACCGGGCCCCUCGUCUCAGGGCUACGUCUUCCUCGAGUUCCCCUGGAGGACCACUCAGUCCCAAACCUCCGGUGCCGCAGGGAGCAAAGCCUGCUCUGGCUGCCCGACCCACCAUCCCACAGAAGCCAAGGACCAGCAGCACCAGCAGGAGCAUAGAUGAUAGCUCAGAUCUUCUAAGCAGUGGCCCUGGGUCUCCUAAGGUCUCAGUUCUUCCUUCCACACUGAAGAAGACGGUGUCAGAGAAAGACAAAGAAGGACAGACAGGUCUGCAGUCAGCAGGCUCUGCCAAUAAAACCACUCAGGAUGGGAGGAAAGGCUCGGUGUCAGACUCCAUUCAGCGACCUGGCCGUCUCCGUGUCAACCCUGAGGAUCAAAGCUCCUUCAAGACAAAGGAGCAAUAUCCAAAAUCAGAAAAGGACAAGGCAGAGGCCAAGAAGUCAUCGGACUCUGGGGAGGAGGCAGAUAAAGACUUUAUUUUAAUAUAAGUAGGACAAAAACAACAAAAAUCUGUUGACAAGACUGACAUGAUUUAAUUUAGAAAAGCAACUAAGUGGGAAUCUUAAAGAUAUGUUUUCAUUUAUAUUAAAGUACAAAUCCAGUUUGGUUUGCAGGAAGACCUGCUGAAAUAUAUCAGGUUAUCCACAGUUUCAAAUUAAAGGUUGGGUAAUCUAUGACAACAUUAUUAUUAUUAUUAACACUUUGGGGGAUAUUCUAACUUUUCAAAUAUGUGUCACCUAAUGAACCAAACUGUGCUAAUUCUCCUAAGAGCUUCCUUCUAACAAACAGCCUUUUCUCCUUUUUUCAUUCCUACUCUUUGCUUUCAGGUAAAACCUCAUGUUUCUAAAAGAUACCCGUUUCAGGAUGUAAAGAAAUGGUUCCUAUGGGGACCGAAUACUGAAACUUUUGUAAACCACUAAGGAAAAGAAUUGAUGCUUCAGGAACCAGCAGACUUUUUGUGCAAAAGAUAGACAUUGAAACCAUGAGUGUUUAUUGAAAACACCAAACACGUGUAACAACAUUACCACGAUCGCUGUUCUGUACUUGAACUCUAACAUACAACCUGACCAGGCCCCAAUGGCAUCUGUAUAGAUUUUUCUACAUGUUAUUUUUUCAGUAUGUGCAAGUUACUUCUCUCUGGACUUCAGAGGUGACUGAAUCCAUUAUGCAAUUGUUUGACAUUGUUUUCCAGGAUAGUACAGGUUCAGCUGAGAAUCUCGGCCCAUCAUCAAUCAAAAUACACCUUUGAUGUAGCUCGCCUAACACCUUAUCUACAUGUCGCUAAGAGGAGACUCACUGUUUUCUUUAUCAUAGGAUAGAAAACUGAGCUGUCUCUGUGCAUGAGAGUUGGAGUGACCAUAUGAAGUGUUGCUUUGAGAGGACUUUGGUACACUUUAACUUCACUGAAAACCAAUCAAUAAGGCUCCAGCACUGUUAACUAACACUAUUCUCUGUGUUAAAGCACUGUGGGUAAAAAAAAAAGUGUAUCUAGUAGACGCCUGUCAUUAAAGUGCAAUACAGAGUUCCAGCAUAAACAUGUCUGUAGUGGGUUUUUUGUCAAGUAAACAAAACUAAAUAGCUUCUUCUUUUUUUUGCUGGUUAACUCAAAUGAGACUUUUAAAGUGAACUGUGUGGUUCACAGUGUUUGUCACAGUCAGACUCUGAAUUGCUCUUUAAGACAGAUUGAUUCCUCACUUAUGAUAACACACGUGCAUUAACAUUCCCGUGGUGUGCUGAUUGUCCAAUGAAAGCAAAGACCUUACUCUAAAAGAGGAAUGUCAUAAAUAACCUACUUGAAGGUAACACAAAAAAAACUGACAUUUGCUUUCCAUUUCAAAAGCUCUUUUAAUCCAGACAAUAACCUCUUGUGUGAUCUUUGUGUAAAAGUGCAAAACUGAGGGAACUCCAGCCUUCAUCACUGCAGACCUGACAUUCAGGGCUUUCAAAUUCAGUUCAUAUUUACUUUGUUCCACAACAACAAGUCUCAGGCAGACACCUCUUAUCUUUGUAUUUUAAGUGCAAGCAAUGCCCUUUUCACACUGCUAGGUAUUCAACAAAUAGAUCCCUAAAAUAAUGUGCAAAAUCAUUCAUCGUAUCAUUAAUUGACAAAAGCUUUAAAAAAUGGUAACUGAGGUGUGAGGCCACAUGUACAUCCAUCUUCAGUGUUUACACUUAGCAUUCGAUUGUUUAUUUGCUUUAUAACAUGCUGCAUUAUGUCUUUGUUUUGUUACCUCAUUAUCCCAAAAAAUAUCAUGAUUAUUCUAGUCGUAAUUAUAACUAAAUACUUUGAUUUUUUCUGGUAUUUUACUUUAAAAAAGCAAAGCAAAAUGUGGAUUCCUUUUGUCAAAUCUAAUUGCUAUAGUGCUAUUUUGCCAAAUCAACAUCGCCAUUUUACAAGCUGAUGACAAAAAUGAUUAUGUGUCAUUAGGAUGGGAAUCUGUGAAAUUUCUGCCAUUAUCAUAUAUGAAGUUAAUGCAGCAUUAUAUCCCUUUAACAUCUCUCUGAGAUCCAACUAAUGUUUAUUAUGAAAUAAACCACUGUGGAAUUACUUUUACUAUUGACUAUCUAGUUGUUGUGUGGCAAACUGUGCUCCAACAUUAAUACUGAACGUGCACCUGACAUCGUUCUUCAUUCGCAGUGUGAAAGGGGCACAACUUGUAUUUUGAGUCUAAAUAAAGUCAGGGCCAAAGGUCUUACUGGUGCACCUUUUCCUAUGGUGUCUAUCGAUGUCUUUUUGUAGGAUUAUUAUGAUAACAUUCUGCUUCUUUGUCACUCAUCAUGGAUCGGGAAAUAACACUGUUACUGCUGUAAAUAGUUAUUCUAGUGUCUGAUGUCAACAACUGCUUCGGUUAACGUUCUGUCUCAAAAAUCUAUUUGAAUUUGAAAGGUUUUCCAGGACACAGGGGAAAAAAUAACACUACUGUCCAGUAUGUACUAAAAUCACAUGGACACCUCUUCUCCAGGUUUGAGAAUUCAGAAGCAGCUGGCUGUGUUUCUGUCGAGUUUUGUGAAAGAUUGAAACUCUGAUAAAUGAGAAUCAGCUUAAUUGUUGUCGAUGCAUGGAGUGGAGAAAGUGAAAAUAAGUGAAAAGUAGCAUUGAGUCUAGACUCUUGAGUCUAGACUCCUGAGUCUACGUGUGUGUGUGACUGCAUGAUGUGAGUUGUACUGUUUGUAUAUAUGUGCUUUCAUACAUGUAGGAGUGUGCAUGUGUGUAUACGUAUGUGUAAUAUACACACUGUGAUGCAUUCACACGCCUAUCUGAACAAGGCAAAUCCUAUGUUGUUUUGCUACUAAAUACACUACUAUACUAGGGGUUUGUUUGUAACUUAUUUGGAAUAAACACAGUGGCCGUUGAUGUCUUGAUCCUUUGUUGUUUUUCCUCUCAUAUGUACAUUGUGUUGAUAAAUGUAGAAAUUAAUUAUUUGUAUGUAUUAAUUUGUUAUGACAUGUAAUCAAUUUAAUGUUUCUUUCUUUAUGAGUCAAAAAAUAAAUGACGCAAAACAAUGACCGUUUUCCUUGAGCUAGAAAAAAAUUACACAUUUGCUAUUUAUCAGUCUUGGUUUGUUAAUUGUUCCAUUUUGUCAUGGAUCAAGGUUUCACUAAGUCAUUCUGCUGGUGUUGGACAUUUCUUCAUGCAAAUAAUAUUGAUUAAAAUAAUUUU